AUGUGGAAAGCCUCGUCCAUACCUGCCACUAUACGACCGUUGUUUUUGAGCCUUGCUGUCUCCGACCUUGCCAUUGGAUCUUGCGUUCAACCUGCGUUUGUUGCUAUUCUUGCAGUGAUUUUGCAUACGGUAGAAAAAGAAAACUUCGACUUUGGUCGCCUCUGCCCAUCCGUUACAGUCUCAGUGUUCGCUACAUAUUCUCUGUUAGGAGUGUCGUUUUUCUCGAUUGCCGCCAUCGCUUUGGACAGACUACUCGCCGUGUUUCUUCAUCUAAGAUAUCAACAGCUUGUCACAGAGAAACGAGUUGUUAUCGGUUUAGUGUGUUUAUGGCUGAUGAGUGGCCUUUCCACCCUCGCCUUCAUGUCGAUUCCCAGCCACAAUGACCUGAUUGCGCUGGUUUUCCAAGCUGCUGGGCUGCUGGUGAUAUCGAUGGCUUAUUUUCGCCUUUACAAAAUUGUUCGAUAUCAUCAGAAUCAGAUACAAUGCCAACGUCAGGUUCAUAAUGAUGAUGGAGUAGUGGAGGCAGCAAGAGUGAAGAAGUCAUCUUUGAAUGCUUUCUACGUGUAUAUUAUUGCCCUGGCUUGUUAUCUUCCGAGUCUAAUUGCUGGAAUUCCAUUUUUACAUGAUCAUUUGCACAUUCCCUCCUUAGUGGCAUAUUAUUUCUCUAGUAUUUUGGUUUUCUUUAACUCGUCUAUAAACCCGCUUGUUUACUGCUGGCGAUAUCGCGAGAUUCGAUUCAUUGUGAAAAGGACUGUUACGAAAAUAUUUACUGCCAUCCAUUAG